GAAGAAAGGCAGGGCGCAUCGGAAAUCUCUCAUUGCCGCAAUAUAAACUGCAUUUGAUUCUGAGAGGAAACCAAUACAUCGUCAGACUUUGUGUCUACAGUAUAGAGUUGACAGAUAUCCAUCAUCUGAUUGAGAAAAGAACAAAAUCUUCACUAUACCAUGUAACCAUCCAUCAUAGGCUGAAUUACAUGUAAAAUUAGUGUCAAUGAUGUGCAGUCCAAGACAGGAUUGAAGGGUGAUAACUGCUAGUUGAAUGUGGAAACACGUUCGUAAUAAGCUAUCUGCAUCAACAUCAGACUCUCUUGCCAGAAGUGAAAGAGAGAGACGGAAAGCCCUUUGCAAGAUAACACGAGAGGAUGAAGCUGGUGGUACAUGUACUUCAGUUGUUGGCGGAGGAUGUUUGUUUUAUGAUCCUGAUGUCAGAACCGAUGGUUGGAGCAAUUACUUUAUCCUAACAAGCAGCAAACUUAUUCCAAAGGAGAAAUGUGGUGUUAAAAAAUAUCAGGUGGAGUUCAUAAAACCAAAAUCAAAAUCAAAAUCAAAAAAAUAUCCACUAUCAAGUAUUCAGGUGAAGAACAAUAUCUAUCAUGUUUCUUCUGGAUUGGUUGUGAUUUUCAUUGAUUCACACUCUCCUGAGCUUAAGGGUCCCCUUUUCAAACAUGGAAGUUCCAGUGUCCUCAAAGAUCUUGAACCCAGGAUAGGUUGUAAGCAAAAUGAUACCCAAUUCUUUUUUAUUGGAGAAAAAAGGUAUGAAUAUGUAGCUGGGAAAGUUGACUGGAAAGAUGACAAUCCACCCAGUGCUAAAGAAAAUUGCUCAACUGUUUUACUGGAAGAAGUUGACAAACGACUACAAGCAGUUGGAAUUCUUAACUUUGAGGAUAAUGAAGAACACCAACCUGUUCCAGUCUGGUGGAAGAACUUAAAUGUUGAGGAACUUUUAGGUAAGCCAGUUAUCACAAAUGCAGAUGGUGAAGUUGACAGAGAGUUCACUGUGACUUGGUCAGAAGCACACAACCAACCUGAAAGUCUCAGCCUCGAAUAUCGUAUAGAAUGGUGGAAAAAAAACAGUAAGGGAUCCACAGCAGAACCAUGUAAACAAACAAUCUAUGAUGAUACUCACUUUAAGAUUACUGGCUUAGAGUAUAACUCAGUGUAUGAAGUAAAACUCUUUACUGUCAGGACAUGGGGAGGCAUUGAGUCAGAUAUCAGAACAUUUAAAACAAAGACUGGUUUACCUGGCAAACCAACCAUCACAAAUAAUGAAAGUGAAGUUGACAAGGAGUUCACUCUGAACUGGUCACCACCAGAGGCAAACAGUAGUGAUUUCCAGCCUGCGACUUACCGUCUGGAAUGGACAAAAAAAAAACUUCUAGCAGAAUUCUCAGAAAUGCCACAAAAUGCAAAAACUGAUGAAACUCACUUCAAGAUUGCUGAUCUUGAGUAUAACUCAGAGUAUGAAGUGAAACUGUUUGCAGUCAACCAACAAGGAGACAGUGAGCCAGAUGUCAGAACAUUUAAGACAAAUACUGGUUUACCUGAAAAACCAGUCUUCACAAAUAAAGAAGGCGAAUUUGACAAGGAGUUCAUUCUGACCUGGGCACAACCAGAGGCUGACAGCAGUGAUUUAAGCCCUACUUACCGUCUAGAAUGGAGAGAGAAAUUUCCAACAGGAUUCUUAGAAAAGCAAGAGCAUGGAAGCAUUGUUGAAACUUACUUCAAGAUUACUGGUCUAAAAUAUGAAUCAGAAUAUGAAGUGAAACUCUUUGCAGUCAACAAACAGGGAGAGAGUGAGCCAGAUGUCAGAAUGUUAAAAACAAAGACUGGUGCACCUAACAAACCAACCAUUACAAAUAAAGAAGAUGAAGUUGAUGUGGAGUUCACUCUGACCUGGUUAGCACCAGUGAACAACAGCAGUGACCUGAGCCCUACUUAUGAGCUGGAGUGGAAGAACCUCACAACAGAAAUCAGAAAAUUUGGUCUCAACGUUGUUACGAAUCAGUUCAGCAUCACUGACCUUGAGUAUGACUCAGAGUAUGAAGUGAAACUCUUUGCAGUCAACAAACAGGGGAAAAGUGAGCCAGAUGUCAAAAGAUUUUCAACAAAGUCUG